GCAGGUAGUUGUGAUCCAGAUCUGGCACUCUAUCCACCAUGGGAUCUGGCUGUGUCUCGUUCCAGACAUGUUCAGUGACUUUACCUCACGUCUGGCAUAUUUUCCCUCCACAUUUCAGAUCACUGAUCAACUUAAACUUCCUGUAAGUCCCAACUCAAAACUCAAAACUUUCUACAAGAAACCUUCCCUCGUCCCUCUCAGAGUACCUCCAUCCUUUCCAUUCUUCCCCAUUUCUCCUAGACAGAGCUUGAUUUGUGUCCAUGUGUCUGUUUAUUGUCUCCGUAGAACAGAUGGGACAGCACAGGAAUCUUCCUGUGAUCCCCUUUGUCUUCAGCUUUACCUUUAGCUCUUCCCAGGUUUCCUCCUUUGUCCUUGUCUAUGGGUUUUGUUGUUGUUGUUGUUUGUUUGUUUUUUUAAGGCAAUAGGAGUUAAGUGACUUGCCCAGGGUCACAAAGCUGGGAAGUGUCUGAGGCCAGAUUUGAACCUAGGACCUCCCGUCUCUAGUUCUGGCUUUACUGUUGUCUUUAGUUAUUCACUCCUCCUGCAUUUCUGCUGCUUGGGGUGUUCAAGAAGCAAAUGGUCUCUUCCUUUUGGGGUCUCUUCCUAAAAACUCUGCAGACUCCUCUUCACUAGCGAACAUCUGCUGUUCUGUCCAGCAUUGUGAAGCUCACAUUUACAGGUGUUGGGAGAGAAAUUUAACCAGAGGGCAAACUGAGGCAGCUCUCCAAGGACAAGCAGAGGAAUACUGCCUAUCACUGAAAGGGGCCAGGGACUUGCCUCUUUAUGUGCCUUUAAUGCGCCAAUUCCUAAACAGAAGGUUAAAUCUCAUUGAUAAGUUUGAGGGAGUACAGUGCUGGCUCUGACACUGACAAAGGGCGGGACCUUUGGGCCCCUCCUUUCUCUGUAGGUCAGUUUCUUCCUGUAACUGACCAGAGGUGGGCUCUUUAUUGUGAUGUGACUUUCAGCCUCUGUGCCCUGCUUGGGCUGCUCUAGGAGGUGGUGAUGUUCCAGGAUGUGGCUGUGGACUUCACACGGGAGGAGUGGCGCCUCCUGUCCCCUCCCCAGAAGGAGCUGUACAAGGAGGUGAUGCUGGAGAAUGCCCGGAACCUGCUCUCUGUGGGGCUUCCAGCUCCCCCACAAGAAGUGAUCUCUUAUUUGGAGCAGAGGGAAGUCCAGUGCAUGCUGAAGCCAGAAGGCCUACAGAGCUGCUGCCCAGAAGGAGAGAUUAGUCCUGAAAUCAAGUCAAAUCCAACAGAGGUGAGCUAUCCUGUGGAAGAAAUGGACUUAAAAAGAUUCAUGUGUAGCAGUCCUGAUAACUUUCCUUCUAGGGAAUUCUGUGUUGCACAUCAAAAUUCAUCUCAUAUUGAACAUCAAAGAAUACACCCUGAGGAAAAAUCUAGUGAAAAUAAUCAGUGUAGAAAUACUUUUAUACACAGAUCCAGUCUUGUUGGAUAUGACAAAAUCCAUACUAGCAAGGAACGUUAUGAAUUGAAACAAUAUGGAAAGAUAUUUAAUCCGAGCUCCCAUCUUGCUGUACAUCAGAGAAUGCAAACUGGUGAGAAACCUCAUGAAUGCAAGCAAUGUGGAAAGGCAUUUAGUCAGAGGUCCAGUCUUGUUGUACACCUGAGAAUCCACACUGGGGAGAAACCUUUUGAAUGCAAGCAAUGUGGAAAGGCAUUUGUUCAUAUCUCCAGUCUUGCUGUACACCAGAAAAUGCACACUGGGGAGAAACCUUAUGAAUGCAAGCAAUGUGGAAAGGCAUUUAGUCAGAGCUCAAAUCUUGGUGUACACCUGAGAAUCCACACUGGGGAGAAACCUUUUGAAUACAAGCAGUGUGGAAAGAUAUUCAGUCGGAGCUCCAGUCUUCUUGUACAGCAGAGAAUCCACACUGGGGAAAAGCUUUAUGAAUGCAAGCAGUAUGGAAAGACUUUCAAUCAGAAAUCCAAUAUUGCUACACAUCAGAAAACCCACACUGGAGUAACGUUAUGACUGCAAGUAAUGUGUAAAUAUAUUCAGUUGUUACAUCAUACCAUAUAUGAAAGCUACACUAGGGAGAAACAUCAAAAAUAAAAGCUAUGUCAAGAGGUGUUCAUAUUCAUCUCCAGUCUUACUAUGUUGUGAUGGAAAUUUUCCCACCUCCUUUUUGUGGCAGCUUUGUGGAAUUAGAAAAUUUGUUAUCCUAAAAACUGAUUCUUAACAUCCCAUUCAUCCUGUUCUUACAUGCUGGCACAGACAAAAUGUAAAUUUGUUGCAGCUCUGAGGGUAGCUGAGAACAUCAAAUUACAAUAUUUGUUGUUACAGAGCCUUAUUUACUAUUCAGAAAUGAAUGGAUUGACACAGCAAUGAAGUCUGACAAACUACAAAUUCAACUUCAGACUCUAGCUUCCUUCCCCUCUGUAGUGUCAUCAUAUACCUACAUUCCAUAGGUCACAUCUCUGGGAUCUCACAUAGUGAGGUAGAGUCCUGCACUGGGUAUAGUGUGGAGGAAUCUCAUUUUGGAUAUGUUGUAGAGACUGGGCAGGCCAAAAUGGCAAGGGGGUCUAGGGAGAUGAAUUUCUGCCCUGAAUUUCAGGAUAUUCUAGCUAAUUGAAAUGACUAGUGCACUCAGGAACAGUAGGUAUUUAAGAUAAGUAAUGCACUGUCCUUCCAUAGAGUGAGCCCUCCUUGCAAUUCUACUUCCUGUCUCUAGUUAGGAGGAAUAACCUUCCUUGCCCUCCCCUCUAGGGGUAAAAUGCCAGAGGCCAAGUUUUUCCAGAGCUGCUUUCAGGCCACGUGGCUGGGGGCAAAAAUAGGGUUCAAGUGGCUACUAUGCUUGAGAACCACAUGGGGGAUUGGAAAAAGGAAAGAGAAGAAUACAGAGAGCAAAAUACAGCUAAAAUUUGUUAAUUUUACCUCAGUAAUCAAUACCUUCUAAUAAGAUUAACUCUUCCUCCAGUUUUCUGGAAUAUUAAACUGGAGAUAGAAUCUUGUUGCAGUAUCUGGGUUUCUCCCCCCCCCCCCCCCCCCUGUGAAAUAAGCCAGGAGGAUUAGAGUCUAAUUGUUGCUAAAAGACACAUACACACCUGGCUUAAGGGGUCACAGUGAACAAUCGCUAUCCAGCUACUGACAAUGUAAGUGAAAGGGAUUUGUACUUUCCUAGCCUCAAGAGACCAGCUCCAAGGACUCCCAGCUUGCAGCAACAGCAACGGUAAGAAAAGCAGCAGCAGUAGCACCCAAGCAGUGAGGGAGGGAGGUAGGAGCAGGCAGCAGUAGCAGCAAAGCUCAGAAAACUGGCACAAGGCCAUGAUAGGAGAAACAUGCUUUCUUUUCAAACUAAUCUACUCAGAAUUAAGAAUUCUGAACUCUACUUCUGUGGUCACCAUAAAUGUAAGAUUUAGAUUAAUAUCCAAUGCCUGGAUUAUAUUUUACAAAGUUUAUUAUCUAACAAAAUAGAACCAUGUUGUGUAAAAAUUAAAAUUAAAUCUUAAUAGUAAAAAUAUAUUUUAAGGGAUUUAUUAAUGAUUAUUAGAAAUGAAGGAAUAAAGAAGAUACAAAAUAAAAACCUUGUGCCUAUGGCUGAUCAGUCAUUUCAAAACCCCUGCCUUAUCACUGCCACCAUGUUCACUGCUUCCUGGAAGUAUGUAAUGUCAGGAAGUCAGUGGCCUGGGAAAUGUAGUUCUUUUUUUAGAGUAACAGAUUUUCAAUUAUACAUUCUCCCCUGAUGAUCAUUUUGGGGGGCUAGUCUCUCCAAUUUGAUCAUUUAACAUAAUCAACUUUUAAAUUACAGGAAUUUGGGAAUAGAGGGGAAAAGAACAAACCCAUGAUUGUUAGGCACAUUGACAAAAAGCCAGUUAGGAAACAGUCCCCUUCAGCAUAAGGGUAUACAUACAAAACAAGUAAUUCAACCCCAUACAGUUCAAAUCACCACAUCCCAAACUUCACUCUGGAUCUUCUGGUGCGGUGUGUGGUCUGAGGAGGCACCUUUAUGGUGCCUUCUCCAAACAGUUCACUUUCUGGAUUGGAAGAAAGAGUUCACUUUCUGGAUUCGGAGAGGUAGCAUGUUUCUUAUCCUAAAAUUACUCUCAAAAGAAUUUAAAAUUUGCAUUUUAGAAUAAUAGUACAUUCCCCCUGAAGAGAGCAUUGAAAAACACAGGGAUCUCUCAGAGAUGUAAGGCAGAGUUAUGAGCUAUAUGAAUCAAUUGACAAGAGAAAUAAAAAAUCUCAAAAACACAAAGAAAAAAUAAUUUUUGGAUGAAAUAUAGACUAUCAAAGUCUUAUGUGUAAAAAAUUUAAGUGGAGGAAAAUAAACCUGUAACAUGUACUUGUAUCAGGGCUGAAUUAAAGUGAGUUCUAUCCCACAGGUCUGUAGGUCAUUCUAGGUAUCACUGCUUUGAUAUCCAUCACAGCAUCAUCAACAGCACUGAUCACCGCUCUUGUUCAGACAGUCCAAACUGCACAACAUGUAGAUAAUCUUUCCAAGAAUGUUUCCAUUGCCCUCUUAAAGGAACAUAUAGACAAAGGCUUAGAAGCCCACAUAAAUGUCUUUGUAGAAGUUAUUCUUUAUAUUGGAAAUCAGCUAUAAAAUAAAAGUGAGAUUCAAAUCAAAA